CUGCUUCUCUGUUAUGUAGCUGAUGAUCUCUAGUUUUAAACCUCCAACCUGCUUCUUCCUUCAAAGUUUCCAUCCAGCAUGGCCUCCCUGAAAUCAGCUGUGGCUUAUUCCAGCAGGCUGCUGACGACGAUCACGCACCAGACUCAUGUUGUUUACAUCAAGAGGAGCCUCCACGUGUCCAGACUGCCGCUCUUCAAACCUGCAGACGGCAGGUUCAUUCCCUUCGUGCGACAGUCGAGCUCCGCAGCAGCCGGAGCUGAGAAAGGAGAAGACUCUUUCCUCAAAUGGUUCCUGCUGCUCAUCCCUGCCACCACGUUCGGCCUCGGUACAUGGCAGGUGAAACGGCGUCAGUGGAAACUGCAGCUGAUCAACGAGCUGCAUAAACUCACCGCGGCAGCACCCAUUCCUCUUCCACUUGAUCCUCAUGAGCUGAAGAGCCUCGAGUACAGACGGGUGAGAGUGCGUGGCCAGUACGACCACUCCAAGGAGCUCUACAUCCUGCCCCGCUCGCCCGUCGACCCAGAGAGAGAGGCCAGAGAGGCCGGCCGACUGUCUUCAAGCGGAGAGAGAGGCGCCAAUGUCGUCACUCCGUUCUACUGCACCGACCUCGGCAUCACGAUCCUGGUGAACAGAGGGUACGUCCCAAGGCAGAAGAUAAGCCCGGAGACCAGGAUGAAGGGGCAGGUGGAGGGUGAAGUGGACGUGGUCGGCGUAGUUCGCCUCACAGAGAUUCGCAAACCUUUCGUACCGAACAAUGACGUGGAGAGGAACCGCUGGCAUUACCGGGACCUGGAGGCCAUGUCCAAUCUCACCGGAGCUGAGCCAAUCUUCAUCGACGCAGACUUCGCGAGCACCAUCCCUGGUGGACCAAUAGGAGGACAGACCAGAGUCACACUAAGGAACGAACACAUGCAGUACAUAAUCACAUGGUACGGCUUGUGUGCAGCGACCUCCUACAUGUGGUUUGCAAAGUUCAUCAAGAGGAUUUAAAUUGUGAUCUAUUGUUGAAUUACACAUGAAGACGAGCAAAUCUGAUAUUGUACUGUAUCACCUCGUGUGCUGCCAGCGUUCACUGACAAACAUGUAAAUAGCUGCUGAUUGUUCUCCUGAAACACGUCUUGAGAAUAAAUUAAUAUAA